AUGGCUCCAAUGGCUUAACCAAGUUAUGAAAUAUACACAAUUCUGUAUGUAGACUUUGAAUAUGAAAAUUAAAAAUUUUUGGGUUAUGCAUGCACCAGUAAUCAAUAGUAAAAUUCAAAUAAUUACUUAUCCAUAUCUAAAGGAGAUUAUAUUGCAUGCGAUAACGUAGGAGCUUCUUAUGAUACUCAAUAUAAUUAAAGGGUGAGAUUAUUGGGAAAAUAAAAAAAAUAUGAAUAAGAUUUUUAGCAAUUAAGAAGAAAAAGAAAUCUUAGGUUAAGAGGUAACUGCGAAUAAGUAGGAAAAGAGAUAGGAGUUAUUAAAAUUCUAAAAAUAGAUUGA